AUGAUUUGUCCCGCGAGCGCAGCAACCUCUACAACGCAUUAUCACAGUGCUUGCAUCAAACAAUCAACUAGAGCAAACAUCCUUCGCACAUUGUUUCCUCGGGUACAUUUUCCUCAGCCCUUAUCACGCAUUGACAAGCUCGCCAUCCUUGGUGUUCGCUCAUUCGACAAUACUCGCAGCGAGACCAUUCAGUUUCAUGCACCGCUCACUUUGAUUGUUGGAUACAAUGGUUCAGGGAAAACUACAAUCAUCGAAUGUCUCAAAUAUGCCACCACUGGGGACUUGCCACCCAAUAGCAAGGGGGGAGCAUUUAUCCAUGACCCAAAGAUGUGUGGCGAGAAAGAGGUUCUCGCUCAGGUAAAGCUUUCGUUCAAGUCUACAAGUGAUGCAAAAAUGGUAUGCACUCGUUCUCUACAACUCACAGUUAAGAAGACGACUCGGCAACAAAAGACUUUGGAGGGCCAGCUACUAGUAGUUCGGAACGGCGAGAGAUCUACGAUAAGCUCAAGAUGCGCCGAAUUAGAUCAGGUUAUGCCACAAUAUCUUGGAGUAUCAAAAGCGGUAUUAGAAUAUGUUAUCUUCUGCCACCAGGAUGAGAGCCUCUGGCCUUUGAGUGAACCAGCUGUAUUGAAGAAGAGGUUUGAUGAGAUAUUUGAGGCUUUGAAGUACACCAAGGCUAUCGAUAAUAUUAAAAUCUUGAGGAAGAAGCAGAAUGAAGAGCUGGGCAAUCUCAAAAUUUUGCUAGAGCAAUACCGAACGGACAAGGAUCGAGGUGAACGGGCAAAACGCCGGUCUGAUGAACUUCAUGACGAGAUUGAGUCGAUGAGACUUGAGGUAACGGAACUGAGUCGUCAGAUAUCAGAAAUUGUGGCUCAGCAGGCACAACUGUUCGCCACUGCUAAAGGGUUUGAGGAAACUAUCGCUACCUUGAAUGCAAAGAAACAAGAGGCCCGCACUAUGGAGACCUACAUUGAUGAAAUUUCCCAGCAUCUCACUCACUUCGAGGAGUCUGAUGCUGAACUGGAGAGAAUGCAACACGAGUAUGGGAAGCGGAUGAAUACCUACCAGGAGCAUAUUGAAGCUAAGAAAGCCAAGUAUGUCGAAGUGGAUCGUGAUCUUGACCGAGUUAGGAGACGUCUCGGAGAAAAGCUCACGGAGGAGGGUCGUAUUCAGGCCGAACAAACUGCCUUUGAAGCACAACUCGUUGAGCGUGAGAAGUUGAUUAAGGAAAUCAGCCGGCGACAUGGUAUCAGAGGAUUUGACAGCCAGCUUGACGAUUCUCAGAUUAGAGAAUUCAUAGACAAAGUUUCUGGGAUGUCCCGCGAUCAGAGCUUGACACUGGAGCGUAUCAAGCGUGAAAAUGCUGAGGAGAUGAGAGGGGCUCAGGAGGAGCUAAAUGAAAUCAUCAAUAAGCGUAGGUCUUUAACUGGGCUAAAAGACCACCAUCAGUCUUCCGGGAGAUCGGUGGACGAUACGUUAGCAGCUCUACAGCAAGAAUUGGAUAGUAUCGAUGUGAAUGAGGGCCAGGAAGCUAUUUUGAAGUCUCAGUUGCAAGAUAAAGAACACCAGCAUGCAACUGCGGAGCAGUCUUUCAGGAAUUCUAGUUUCGAUGGGAGCAUUAGGGCUGAAAACUCAAAGCUCAGGGGUAUCGAGGAUGAGUUGGAGAGUGUCACUACCGAGCUUGCAAAGGGGACCAAGCAGGCAGAUGAACGAGCCAAACUGGGAUUCUUGAAGAAGGAGUUAGAAACGAGAAGGAUGGCAUUGGAGACUAUGUCUGUGGCAAACAAAGAAAAGAUUGACCGACUAAUUGAUCAGCCCUGGACUGCAAGUACUGUGGAAAGCCAACUCCAACGGGUCUUGAGUAACCGGCAGGACGAACUUACGGAAGCCACGAGUCUUCGCGAUGGUGUUAAUCAGGAGUUGGGGAAUAUUGAGACUAGAAUUAACAUCGCCAAAGACGGAAUUAGAACGAAGAAACUCGAGGCUUCGAGAUGCGAGAGGGAGGUCCGGGCAGCAUAUGAUGCGGAAGAGCAAGAGGACAUUCGCCAAUAUCCCGGAGUUGCCGAAGAAGUGGAGAAAAACUUGACUGAGGCACGAACGCGUUUGGAGCAGGUUGGUUUCUACAAGCAAUACUUUGAGACCGCAGUAAAAACGCUACAGGAACAUGGUUCGUGCGUUCUGUGCAGGAGAAACUUUGAGAGCGCCCUUGAUAGAAAGAAUUUCCAAGAAUUAGUUACUACACGUUUGCAAUCGGUGAUGACGGCAAAUACAGAGGAUAUAAUUCGCGAAUUGGAAGAAGACCUAAAACACAUAAAGGAUGCUGCGCCAAGCUUUGGCUCUUGGAAGCGCCUGACAGAGAUUGAGCUCCCAAAGCUUGAGGCAGAUCUUCAGAAGUUGAAUCAGACCAAGGAACUUCUUUUGGAGGAAUACAAUCAGCAUGAGAAAAAUGCCACUGAGAAGGCGCACAAAAAAUUCGAAGCGGAAUCACUAAGGGCUCCAGUGGCCGAGAUUGCUAAGUAUACGAGGGAAAUCUCCAACUAUGAAAAACAAGUUGAGGACGCCUCUCGUCUCCUGCAAGAACUGGGGGGUUCACGCACGAUUGAGGAAAUGCAAAGUGAGAUGCAACGCCUGAAUGAUGGAGCUAAAGUUAUCAAAAGAAGAAUCAAUGUGCUUAUCGCGGAAAAGGAGACUGCUCGCCAUUCGAUCACCCUUCUUGACGGCCAAGUAAGAGAUCUUCGGAUGAAAUUUGGCGAAUUGAACUUCAAGAUCAGCAAGGCCCAAGAUCUCGUGAAGCGGAUUGAAUCUCAUAAGCAGGAGGCCGUCAUGCAUACCACCGCUAUUGAGGAGAUAGAUCAAAAGAUUAGGGAGCUGGCCCCCAAGAUACAACGGGCAGAAGCCAAAGUCCAAAUGAUACAGGAUGAUGGGGCUGGGAAGGAAAACCGACACCAACGGGAUGCAAUGAAACUCGCUGAGAGUGACAUGCAAUUGAAAAGGACUCAACACGGUAUUGGCAAUUACCUUAACCGUGGGGGGCCAGAGCAGUUAAAUCGGUGCCGCCAUCAAGUGCAAACAUUGCAAGUCGAGGUCAAAAAGCAUGAGGCCGAAGUCACAAGUAUCCGGGUUGAAGUGAACAAUCUCGAAAUCGAAGAAGGGACCGCAACGUCGACUGAGCGGAGUAUCCACGAGAACCUCCGAUUCCGGAAGAACAAGAGGGAUUUGGAGAAGUUAAAUGUGGAAAUCCGGGAGUUGGAGGGUAAAAACGCUGACGCCGAACGACAUCGUUUCCAAAGGAAUGCCGAGGUGCUUUCUGAUAAACAUAUGAGGCUGUCAUCUGAGAAAUCGGCGAAGGCGGGAGAAAUGAGGUCUAAAGACAAGCAGCUCGAGCAACUCAUUGCCGACUACCAAACCGACUAUGCAGAUGCGAAGCAGAAGUAUAAGGAAACGUUGGCCAAGGUCCAAACUACGACGGGAGCUACUAACGAUCUUGCGAAAUACGGUGCGGCGUUGGAUAAGGCUGUUAUGAGGUAUCACAGUUUGAAAAUGGAAGAGAUAAAUCGCAUUAUCGAGGAACUAUGGAAAUCCACCUACCGGGGGACCGACGUUGAUACAAUCCUUAUACGGUCUGAUAACGAGAACGCCAAGGGCAACCGUUCUUACAACUAUAGGGUUUGUAUGGUAAAGCAAGACGCCGAAAUGGAUAUGCGAGGACGGUGCAGCGCUGGUCAAAAGGUUCUGGCGAGUAUCAUUAUCCGCCUAGCACUAGCCGAGUGCUUUGGCAUAAACUGCGGUCUCAUCGCCCUUGAUGAACCGACUACAAACCUCGACAGUGACAACAUCAGAUCACUGGCUAAGAGCUUGCACGAGAUAAUCCAGACUCGUCAAGCACAGUCUAACUUUCAAUUGAUUGUCAUCACUCACGACGAAGACUUCUUAAAAGAAAUGCAGUGCCAGGAUUACUGUGAUCAUUAUUAUCGAGUUUCUAGGAAUGAUAGGCAGAAGUCUAUCAUUGAGAGGCAAUCUAUUGCGGAGGUGAUUUAAUGAUUUGUUUUUCUAUCUUGGGGACCUUUGCGAUGGUAACACUAUUAUGUGGUUCAAAACCUGAUUGGAAGUCAGUGUGGCGGCUGUUAA